AUGGUCAGAAAUUUUGAUGACUUGUAUAUACAUAAAACUGAUAUAUCCAAACUAAAUAUUUCUGAAAUUAAUACAAACAUCUCCAACAGUGAGAUUGAAAUUAAUGAUAAUAAUUCCUCGUCUAUUAAAGUUAUCACUGCAACUACUCCAACAGCUGUAACACCUUCAGCGAUUGAAAUUACUUUUACCGAUGAAGCGUCAAAAGAUUCUCCUAAUUCUAACGUUGUAGUAAAACCUUCUGGUUUUACAUGUAAAAGGAUUACAUUUGAUGAGCCGUCGGAUUUAAAUAAAAAUUCCAAUGAUUUAUCUUCAGAACUGGAAAGACGUAAAAAACGUGCUGAACGUUUUGGAACACAAUUAUCAGAAGCAGACAAAAAACUUGAAAGGGCAGCUCGUUUUGGUUUCGCCAUUCCUAAUCCAUUAGAUUCUCAAUUAAAAUCACCAAGGCCUUCUUCUGCUCCUAAAAAAAUGUCAAUUGUUGAAGAUGAAGAAAAACUAAAAAAACGUGCAGAAAGAUUUGGUACUAAUAAAUCAACAAAUGAAACAACAGAAGAAACAACAGAUCCAACCAUAAAAUUUACAAGUCCUUUGAGUUCUUUAAGCGAGGAAGAAAAAAAAAAGAAACGUGCCGAGAGAUUUAGUUCAGAGUCCAAAUCAUUAUCUAGUGUGUCCCCUACAUCUUUAAAUACAAUUAGUGAAGAGGAAAAAAUGAAAAAUAGAGCGGAGAAAUUUAAAACAAAUACCAAUGAUGAACCUCCCAGUAAAAAAAUAAAAACAUGA